AGGCCGCCUGCUUGAGACGGGGCGGGACUUCUGCCUGGCGGAGGUGGGCGCCCUUACCCGCGGAGGAGGCAUAACUUCCGCUUAUCGGCUCUCGCUCUGUAGUCAGUUACUGGGCUCCGUAGCCAUCGAGACGGUUUUGUCGGUCCGUUUACGAAAGCAUCUGUCCCUCGGUUAUACAAGGACAGGCUUAGGGCGGUGACUGUUAUGCCGAACUCGCGGCCCAGGCCCCGCCGGGGCACCGGGAGAGGCUCCGGGGCAGCCGGGCGCCACGAGCUGGUGUCGCGGUCCUUGCAGAGUGCAGAGCACUGCCUGGGCGCCCAGGACUUCGGCACUGCUUACGCCCACUAUCUCCUCGUGCUCAGCCUGGCGCCGGAGCUGAGAGACGAAGUGAAGGAAACUUUUCAGUAUACACUCUUCAGAUGGGCUGAAGAGCUUGAUGCUGUAAAUCGAAUACAAGACUUACUUGGUUGUUAUGAGCAAGCUUUGGAACUGUUUCCUGAUGAUGAAGUGAUUUGCAAUAGUAUGGGGGAGCAUCUCUUCAGACUAGGCUUUAGAGAUGAAGCAGCUGGGUAUUUUCAUAAAGCAGUGAAACUAAACCCUGAUUUCAGUGAUGCCAAGGAGAAUUUUUAUCGUGUUGCUAACUGGCUGGUGGAACGCUGGCACUUUAUCAUGCUUAACGACACCAAACGGAAUAUGAUUUAUAAUGCAGCAAUCCAAAAGGCUGUUUGUUUGGGGUCCGAAAGUGUUUUGGACAUUGGAGCAGGAACCGGAAUACUAAGCAUGUUUGCUAAGAAAGCUGGAGCACACCCAGUGUAUGCCUGUGAGUUAUCCAGGACCAUGUAUGAACUUGCUUGUGAUGUGCUGGCAGCAAACAAGAUGGAAGCAGGGAUCAAACUCUUACAUAUGAAGUCACUUGACAUAGAAAUCCCCAAACACAUUCCUGAAAGAGUGUCCCUAGUUGUAACAGAAACUGUCGAUGCAGGUUUAUUUGGAGAAGGAAUUGUGGAGAGUUUGAUUCAUGCAUGGGAGCAUUUGCUUUUGCCGCCAAAGACCAAAGGUGAGAAUGGUAAUUGUGAAAAAUAUGGGAAAGUUAUACCGGCAGGAGCUGUUAUAUUUGGAAUGGCAGUAGAAUGUGCUGAGAUCAGAAGACAUCAUAGGGUGUGUAUUAAGGACAUUGCUGGGGUUUGUUUACCAACAAAUGUGAAAUUUCAGAGUCCAGCCUAUUCUUCUGUAGAUACUGAAGAAACUAUUGAACCUUAUACAACUGAAAAGAUGAGUCAAGUUCCUGGGGGAUUUUUGGCUUUGACAGAGUGCUUUGAAAUUAUGACAAUAGAUUUCAACAAUCUUCAGGAACUAAAAAGUCUCUCAACUAAAAAACCUGAUAAAAUUGAUAUUCCUGUUACUAAAGAAGGCAUACUAGAUGCUAUUGUGGUUUGGUUUGUACUCCAGCUUGAUGAUGAACACAGUUUAUCCACAAGUCCCAGUGAGGAAACAUGUUGGGAACAGGCUGUCUACCCUGUACAUGACCUUGCAGACUACUGUGUAAAACCUGGGGGCCAUGUGAUGAUGGAAGUGUCCUGUCAAGAUUGUUACUUAAGAAUCCAAAAUAUUAAUGUCUUGGGGUCAGAACAGGAAAUGGAUGUUGGGACAAGUUUUACCAAGAAUAAAGACUUGAUCUCUUCCAGAAGUGAGGCUGAACUCUGUAGUGCCCUGGCUAACCUUCAGACCAGUAAACCAGGUGUUGUGGAGCAGAUGUGUUUGUUGGAAUCCACGGAAAUUGCUUUGCUUAAUAACAUCCCAUAUCAUGAAGGCUUUAAAAUGGCAAUGAGGAAAGUGUUGUCUUCACUGACUCCAGAGAAACUGUGCCAGGCUGUGGAUACCCACUGUCAGAAUAAUGUCAUGAGCCGUGGAAGUGGACCCACUUCUGAACAGAGUGUCCAUGAACCUUUCUAUGUAUUAGAUGUGUCUGAAGGCUUCUCUAUUCUGCCUAUAAUUGCUGGUACACUCGGACAGGUUAAACCUUACAGUUCUGUGGAGAAAGACCAGCAUCGUAUCACUCUGGAUCUCAUUUCUGAAGCCAAUCAUUUUCCUAGAGAAACACUUGAGUUUUGGUUGAGACAUGUGGAAGAUGAAUCUGCUGUGUUGCAAAGGCCAAAAUCAGACAAGCUAUGGAGUAUAAUUAUAUUGGAUGUCAUUGAGCCAUCUGGGCUCAUUCAGCAGGAAAUCAUGGAAAAAGCUGCAAUAUCCAGGUGUUUGCUGCAAUCUGGAGGCAAGAUCUUUCCUCAGUAUGUGCUGGUGUUUGGGCUGCUGGCGGAAUCACAGACGCUGGUAGAAGAGAACGCUGUUCAGGGAACAGAACGAACUCUUGGAUUAAAUAUAGCCCCUUUUAUUAACCAGUUUCAGGUACCUAUAUGUGUAUUUUUGGACCUCUCUUCAUUGCCCUGCACACCUUUAAGCAAGCCAGUGGAACUCUUAAGACUAGAUUUAAUGACUCCAUAUUUGAACACUUCUAACAGAGAAGUAAAGGUACACGUUUGCAAAUCUGGACAACUGACUGCCAUUCCGUUUUGGUAUCAUGUGCACCUUGAUGAUGAGAUUAUUUUGGAUACUUCAAGUAAAGCCUCUCACUGGAAGCAAGCUGCAGUUGUUUUAGAUAAUCCUAUCCAGGUGGAAAUGGGUGAAGAACUCAUACUCAAUGUCCAGCACCACAAGAGCAAUGUUAGCAUCACAGUAAAGCAAUAAAGAGCAGUUUUCUGUUUAAGCAGAACAGCAAGCACACAGUUCUUCUCGAUUUGUAGUGGGAUUGUAAUCAUCAAAUGUGUGUAUAAAGAUUUAAUUCUUUGUAAUGGUCAAAUAUUUUUAAAAAUGACAUUAAUAAAGUAUAUUUAAAAGGCCUAAAAAGUACAAUUAUAAAAAUAUUACUACAGACUUAUUUUCUGAAAAAGACUCAUUAAUUUUUCAAAUUAGGAAACCUUUUUUCCUUGGUCAUAGUUAUUGUAGAUUAAAUUUGGCUAAACACUCUAUAUUCUAAAGCUAUAAAGAUAAGGCUUUUGAGUGUCAUUGUCAUUGUCAUAUAUCAAGCAAAACUUAAUUUUUUAGGCAUCUUGGCUUUUUUUCUUAAAUCUAAACAUAUAAUUAGGAUACAUCAAAAAGCUAAUUUCCACUGAAGACUAAUAAGGGUUUUGGUUACCUGUAAAUUCCAACCAUGAUUCUUUAAAUAUUUUGUAUACAGCUGAAACAUUUUCUCAGGUUUUGUAUUUUGGGAAUGAAAACCUAAAAUAAUUAAAGCUGUAAACUAAAUGUAAUUUAGGAAAGCAAAAGAGAGACAAAAUCAGUCUUUAGGAGGCAGCAUUUCUGCUGGUCUACUUUGGCAAAGAGUACUAAAAAGCUGAUAAAUUCUAGACAGUUAAACAUACACUAGUAUUUUUCAGUUUAGAACUGGAUGCACAGUAAGAAAUAUAAUACUUGAUCCAAUCAUUAAAGACCUGAAAAGGAGAGAUUAAGAAAAAUCAUGCCUUUUAUCAGCCACAAAGAAAAUAGGACAUACCUUCUCUCCACAUUGCCUAUUCUCAUUGCCUCUAAUAUUAUAUAUCUGGGCUUUGCUUUCAAUAGAAAAAUUUAAUUUAUAAUAGUUAUCAGAAUAAAGACUUUGUACCUAAUUACCAUGAACCAGUAUAAAUAUAUAUGAAUGUGUGUGUGCAUAAAAUAUAUAAAGCAAAAGCUUUGAGAGAAAUAAUACCCUUUGCAACAGCAUAUUACUCUUGCACCUUAUUUUCAGUAUAAAAUGUUAAACAUGAGAUUAAAGAUGGCAGCAUGAGAGGUGAGAGAAAAGCCUCUUCAUAAAACCACAUAUGAUAGGGAAAUAAUA